AUGCCUUUCGGGAAAUUGCAUGAAUUUGACAUUAACGAUCGUAGCAACUGGAGUGCGUACGUGCGUCUCGUUAAGCAGUUUAUAUUACUUAAUGACAUCCGAGAAGAUCUCCACGUCGCAACACUACUGACGCAUGUUGGCGCGGCCACGUACGAGCUGAUGUGCGACUUGUGUGCUCCGCAACAUCCGGAAACUAAGUCCUUCCAGGCGCUGGUGGACCUAGUCGGCAACCAUCUUGAACCGAAGCGUUCGGAGAUAGCUGAAAGGCAUUUAUUUCGACAAAGGCGACAGACUGAGGCGGAGCCGAUAAGCGUUUUUCUACAAAAUUUAAAACAUCUUGCAAAACACUGCAAUUUUGGACCUACGCUGGAAGAAAAUAUUAGAGAUCAGUUUGUCUCUGGACUUCGAAAUGAAGUGAUGCGGUCUCGUCUGUUCGCGGAACCCACAUUGGAUUACAAAAAGGCGGUGGAGCUGGCGCUCGCGCUGGAGGCGGCCGAGCGGCACGCGGAGGCGGCCGGCGGCGACGGCACAUUCAAAACAAAAUUAAAAUUGCAUUUGAAAGAUACAACGCCGAUAUUUUGUAAGGCCCGUCCGCUACCGUUGGCGUUGCGUUCGCCGGUUGAGCGCGAGUUAGAACGCUUGCAAGCGGAGGGCAUCAUUUAUAAAGUGGAUAGGUCUGACUACGGAACGCCCAUUGUACCCAUUAUUAAGCGCGAUGGAACAAUUAGAAUUUGCGGCGAUUAUAAAGUGACAGUAAAUCCAUUAUUAAAAGAUUUUCAUUAUCCCUUGCCGCGCACAGAAGAGUUGUUUGCAGCGUUAAGUGGUGGCGAACAGUUUACUAAAUUGGAUUUAAAAAAUGCAUAUUUGCAAGUAGUGUUAGAUGAAGCUUCGCAACCACUAACGGCUAUAACGACUCAUAUGGGUGUUUUUGUUUAUCGAAGGGCCCCGUUUGGUUUAAAAUGUUUACCGGAAAUGUUCCAGAAAUUAAUUGAGGAAACCCUCAGUGGUUUAGAUUGUGUUGUAGCUUUUAUUGAUGAUAUAUGUAUCACCGGUCGAAAUAAAGAGCAUCAUUUACAAAAUGUCAAAGAGGUAUUGUCUCGGUUAAAAGAAGCGGGAUUACGUAUUAAAUUUGAAAAAUGUGAAUUUUUUAUGAAUGAAAUUUCAUACUUAGGUUAUAGAAUUGAUAAGAAUGGGGUACAUACUGAUAAAAGUAAGGUAUCGGCUAUUGUAAAUUUACCUGUGCCCGAAAAUGUAUCUCAACUGCGGGCCGCUUUAGGCUUAAUUAAUUAUUAUUCUCGCUUCAUUCCGAACAUGAGUACAUUGCUAAAUCCAUUGUAUAAGUUAUUAGCAAAAGGUUGUAAAUGGUGUUGGAGUAGGGAUUGCGGGCGGGCAUUUCAAGCGGUAAAAGACAAACUAGUGAGCGGGCCCGCGCUCGCGCACUACUCGCCUGCGCUGCCGCUGGUACUCGCUGUGGAUAGCAGCGCGUACGGUCUGGGCGCUGUGUUGGCGCACCGCUUGCCCGACGGCAGCGAGCGCAUCGUCAGCUGCGCCUCGCGUACGCUCACAGACACUGAGCGGCGCUACAGCCAAAUAGACAAGGAGGCGCUGGCGAUCGUCUAUGGGGUAAGCAGGCACCACCAAUAUUUAUUUGGACGUAAAUUUACUCUUCGGAGCGAUCACAAGGCACUUACGUACAUCUUUGGACCGAAACACGGUAUACCGCAAACUGCCGCUAGUCGUCUUCAGAGAUAUGCGGUGCGUUUAGCAGCAUACGAUUUCGACAUCGUAUUUGUAUCCACGGAUAAAAAUUGUAAUGCUGACGGCUUGUCACGUCUACCCCAGCCGACGUCGAGUAGGUCGGCGGAGGAGGAUGACGCCGCGACCUAUUUGCACUUUGUCGAAGACAGCUUUCCUCUUAGCCACAAGGAUGUGGCGAAGGAGACGGCGAAAGACGUUAUAUUGAGAAAGAUAUAUGGAUAUAUCGUAAGUGGAUGGCCGCACCAGACCGAAAUCGAAGGCGAGAAGCCGUAUUUUCAUCGCAAGGAGGAGCUACACGUCGAUCAUGGAUGCAUCGUGUGGGGGUAUCGGGUGGUCAUACCGGGUGUUUUGCGGAAACAUAUAGUGGAGGAGGUCCACGCGGGUCAUGUGGGCAUGGUGAGGAUGAAACAAAUAGCUCGCGGCUACGUUUGGUGGCCGCGGCUCGAUGCGGAGCUAGAAGAACGCGCGCGCACUUGCGCCGCGUGCCGCGAGCAGAGGGACGCGCCGCCGCGCGCCCCGCCUGUGCCCUACGUAUGGCCUUCGGAACCGUGGGCCCGUUUACAUGCGGAUUUUCUUCAACAUGGCGGCCGAUACUACCUGCUCGUCAUCGACGCCCAUUCCAAGUGGAUCGAGGUAUUCCAUAUGAGUAAUGGGACAACUGCGUCAGCUGUGGAAAAUAAAUUUAGAGAAAUGUUUUCUCGAUUUGGUAUACCGAGACAAUUGGUGACUGAUGGCGGGCCACCGUUUACUGCUCUGGAAUUUGAGGAGUUUUUAAAGAAAAAUGGUGUAGACCAUAUCGUGACGGCACCAUAUCACCCGUCGAGUAAUGGUGCGGCAGAAAAUGCUGUGAAGACCGUGAAAAAGGUUAUCAAGAAGGCUCAAGUGGAAGGUGAAAAUGUCGACCGCGCGUUAAGUAAAUUUUUAAUGCAGUAUCGCAACAGUACGCAUUGCAGCACGCAACGCGAGCCCGCUGUAGCCAUGCUCGGGCGGAGGCUGCGCACGCGUCUAGAUCUGUUGCGGCCCGCCGCCACCGCCGGCGACGCCGUAGGGCGCGCGCAGAGCAGGCAGCUGCGGCACGCGGGGGGACGCUCGCGCGAACUUGCCGUCGGCGAUACCGUGCUAGUUAGGAAUUACGGAAGAGGGGACAAAUGGACUGAAGGCAUAGUGACUGAGCGGACGGGAAAAGUCACGUACGCGGUAAAUACGGGUGAUAAAACGAAUACCAGACAUAUUGAUCAAAUAAUACGCAAGAAAAAUUGGCGGCAUUCCUGGCAUUUACCUAGUCAAAAUGACGCAAAUGAAGAUCGUGACUGUCCGCCCGUACAAUUGACCGACACUGCGCAACACCAGAGAGUACCAGACGCGGCGCAUGAGAAUGUUAUUUUAGAUUCGGGCACAACAAUUAAUGAAAUUCCGCGUUCUUCCUUCGAAACGAAUUUCUCGCCUGAACGUUCGAUCCCCACUCAAACACCAGAGCAAACGCGUUAUAAUUUAAGACCACGACAAAUUAAAAAGUGUAUUUAA